AUGGUUCCACCGGGGACAAAAAAAACUAUUGGAGUUCCCAAGAAGGGACCAGUGUCUUUACCAGAAGAGGAUAUGAAUGGAGGUGGGAAACGAGUGAGUCGUACUGCUCGUUUAUCACCAACUGCAACACCAUCAUCAACUAUGGGCACAACAGACAUCAAAUUAUCUGAUAGUCUGCUACCGCCCAAACAUAUACCAUUUCCAUACAUCCCGCAAGAUGGGGAACUGUUAUUUGAGUUUAUGACUUUUAUCUUCACGCUUGUGGCGGCUGGAUUACAGUUUCUUAAUUUAUAUAGGACAGUGUGGUGGUUACCACACUCUUAUACUAACCAAGCUAUGAAUUUUUAUCUGAUAGAUCCUCAUCUGGUGGCAUUUAUAGUGACUAUUAUUGGCAGAAGGCUGCUCUUUAGCAUUACUUUGGCCAUAUUAAGAUAUUUUCUCCCUCCUAAACUAAUGCCGCAUGCAACGAUUGCUGCCCGGAUGUUCAUACUUGGUGUUAUUUUGGGUGCUCUUGCAUGGUGUACAUACUUCAUAAUGCUUAAAUAUCUACUCAGUGGGAUAUUUUACCUCUGUUACCCAGUUGCGGUAUACAUCACAUUGUUUGGAUUUCAAUCAAGUCCUUUCCUAGAAUUAGACAAUGAGACUCCGCCUUUGCACUGCUGCUCCCAUGAUCCACAGCACGCACGCAACGAAGCUGACACGCUAACGGCUGAUUUCAAUCUGAGACUGAAAAAAAUAUUAUUUAAUUCUGUGCUUGGCGCAUAUUACACAAGUUUUGUUCCUUGUUGUUUUGCACCGACGUAUCUAUACUACGAUGUGUACGCGGCGUCCCAGCAAGUGGGCCUAGUGUGGGGAGCGCUGUACGGACGCUACGCGGCGCAGCUGCUGUCCGCCGCCUACUGUGACGUGUUGCACCGCUCCGCGCUGCACCUCGGCAUCUGGCGCGUGGCACCGCCCCCGCCCGUAGUAGAAGGCAGUGUAACGUGGUCUGGUUCCCGCUGGUGGGGCUUCGGAGCGCGGGUUAGUCUGGACGGCGUGGAGUACGUGGCGCACGCGCACUAUGUGUCAGCCCGCCCGGGUAACAAGCACCAAGCUAGGUUUUAUGCGGUGUUCAUAAAUCCACCGACUCUGCUUUGUGUACUCCUCACACUCCAACUGUCGCUAGUCGUGGUACAACUGUGUUUACUCUUCAGCUCCAUAGCCUGGCACAACUUCUUAUCAAUAGUCAUUUUACUUUUCAUCAAUUACUAUUCACUGUUCAAGUUAAUGCGGGAUUACAUCGUUGCUUGGAAAGUUUAUAAAGCAGAAAAUAUGAUACAGGACAAAAACGGAUCUGUUCAACUGGCCACUAAUUAG